AUGCGGGGAAAAUCGAAUCCCACGGAGAUAAUCAAUGGUUGGCCAAUGAAAAAGAAGAAAGCACUUCGCAUCACCGACGAAAUCAUAUAUCACUGCAUCUAUAGGUAUAAAAAAUCAUUAACUAAUUGAAACCAUUUACUUAAUUGAUAGAUACCGCCAACUGGCGUGCCCUGGAAGCUUCUGUGUUAAUACGACGAACGGAAAGGUCAGGUUAAUACGACGAACGGAAAGGUCGGGACCGUGUUUAAAAUAAUACUUAUUAUUCAGCCUGUGAUCACCGAGACGAACGGAUUCCGCAAAAUUCGACUCACAGACUUGAUCGAUAAAAUGAAAGAAGAAGAGGCGACAACUGGUUGUGACGCGAGAGAGCUCAAAUUGAAUCAGAAUUAUCAGGUCUGGUUUUGGUUUUAGUAAAAAAAUUGUUGUCAACGAUGUGUCUGCUCAGGUGCACGCGUCCCGAAGAACUGGUCACGUAACCAAAGAUCAGCGUCUAAAGAAGGCCAUCAAGAACUCUCCGACGCCUCCCAAUGUCCCUCUUACGGGCCUGAACUACUUGUGGAGUAUCGCACACGCUUUGAAAGUAUAAAUCUAUUUUGCUAUUAAACGUAUUUCUAUAUGAAAAUUCGCAUUUCCUAUGUCCUUUUCCUUCCCUUUCAUAUCUUCAUCAUGCGCUCGUUGCAAAUUUCGGUCGAAGACUUCUGUGACAGUUUACGUUUUCAGCGUUUCCUCGCUAAGCUACUUUCAACCAAAAUUGUGAAAAAAUGAGCUCUUCUGAUUUGGGCGGUAAACAUUAAGAAAAGUUCUGAUUCGGGCGGUUCUGAUUCGUACCAGUUCUGAUUCGGGCGGUUCUGAUUCGUACCAGUUCUGAUUCGUACCAGUUCUGAUUCGUACCAGUUCUGAUGCGGGCGGUUCUGAUUCGGGCGGUUCUGAUUCAUACCAGUUCUGAUGCGGGCGCAGUUCUCAUUCGUACCAGUUCCUAUUCGGGCAGUUCUGAUUCGGGGUAGCACCCCGAGAACAUAAAGCGACUCAAUGAAAAAUGCCAGUCCAAUUGGGCAUUUCAGGAAAUCGCCGAUAAUGAACGGAAACUCGAGAAUAGCGAGAGAAAUGCCGACAUGAACGACGAGCGAUGCGCCAACUGGAACACGGAACGGAACAUCGUCCGGAUCGCCGACUGGAGAAACAACUGGAGAACCGAACGGAACGCUAACUGGAGCGUCGACAGGAAGGCCGACCGAAGCGCCAACUGGAGCACCGUGCGGAACGCCGACAAGUGA